AUGGCAAAGAGUGUCAGGGCCAGCGUUAUGAAGCGCAACAAGGCGAAGUUGCGCGCGACUGUCUUUGGUCCUGCAGUUGAUGCACGCACUGAGCGACUUUCGGCCAAACUUCAGGAGCUUGCUUCUCAGCCAAAACCAAACAACCAGGAAACCCCCAAUGCGGAGAACAAGGAAGACAAUAAUGCUGCUGCGGAAGUCAAACCAAGUGAAGACAUGGAUAUCGAUAAGGUGUCGACCAAGAGUUCCCAGAAAUCAGGGCGCAUUCACAAACGCCAUAGCAAUCGAAAGAACCGCUCAUCCAUUGUCUUCCGUCCGCAUCAAUCCAAGUCCAAGAAAGGUUCCAAGAGGAAGUGA